AUGGCGUCCGCCUCGCUCCGGGAUUCCUUAAACUCGCUGGGUUGGAGCCGAAGGGACGCCGAUGUUCCCGUGAACACAUCUUCUCCCUCCUUGAUUGGGAGGCUCCAAAACCUCAAUCCGUUUGGUUCCGGUGGCUAUGUUAGGCUGCCGACUACUGAGAAUCCGGGAGCUCCGCUGCCAGCACCCACCCGGAGGGAAGAGGAAGAAGGCUGGUUUGCGCUGAGUCGCUGGGAUCGGCUGCUCGUCUUCGGCGGUCUCAUGGUUGCCUCCCUGGCCAUGUUUGCCCUUUGUUUCGCAUUGAUGUUCACUGGUGUACUGCUUGUUAAACCCCGCAAGUUUGCCAUUCUGUGGUCUAUGGGCAGUCUUCUAUUUCUGGUAUCUUGGGGUGUUUUGAUGGGCCCCACAGCAUACAUUCAUCACCUCAUUUCUGGGCCCAGACUUCCUUUCAGCGCAGCGUACUUUGGUAGCAUUGGGCUCACUCUGUGGUUUUCGCUCGGGUUACACAGCACCCUUCUCACCUUCAUCGCCUCGCUCCUGCAGCUGGUCUGCCUCAUCUGGUACCUGGUCUCCUACUUCCCCAUGGGCUCACAAGGCCUGCGGUUUGCUGCGAGAUUCGGAGGGAGCCGCGUCGCAGCCUGGAUGAAUGACUGA